CACAUUCCCGCCAUCAUCGCGCAGUGUUGCGAGGCGUCGUGUGCGGGUCCACUGUCAACAACAUACGUAUCAGAGAGCAGUUGAAUGCCGGCAAAACAAACUUUCUGCCCUCGGAGGACCUACGGACACGAUACCGUAAUUUAAAAGUUUCAAGACGGCCACAUAAAAUCGUCAGGAUUUGUUGACCACAAGUCCCAGCCUCCAAAGUGCACCAACUGGAUAGUAAGCCAUGUCAACCAUAGUGCCCAAACUCUCCAGCGGUGGCGCUGUGAAGAUCCGCUUUACCAGCCUGGACAUGGGCACCACCAGAUGGAGAGAAGGAACCUUUGAGAUUUUGGAAAAGGACAACAAAGUCAACCUCUGUCUAAGAUUUAACUGUGGCGGAGCAUCCAAAACUUUCCAGCUGAACCAGAACGUGAAGAACAUCAACCAGAGUUUGAACCGAAUCAUUCUGUAUUUGAAGGACAGCAGUGUCAUCACCUUGGACAAGGUGCCCACGUCUGUGGCUCAGAAGACUAAAGAAUACCUGGAAAAGCUGAAGUUGGGAAAACCAGUUUUAAAAUCCCACGGAAGUGCAAACCUCAGUGUGCUCGGGAACCGCUCUGUGAAAAAUGAGACCAAUCCGUCAGGAGAGAGACAAACAACACCGAGGCGGCAGAGUGCAGAAGGCAGAGAGGACACAACACCCCGAAAGCCUCUGGGCAGCCCGAGCAGAGCAGCCUCCACUCCAACUCGCACUGGACUCUCUGAAAAUAG